UUUUAAAGUUCCCUCCAUUGCUCUUUACUCAACUCCCACUCACAACUCCCUCGUCUCCUCCCUCUCCAACUCAAUCUUACUCUAGCUUUACCAGGGCUGGACCACUGGCUCCCUCCUCUGUGUGAAUCUGAAUGUGAGUCAGGCAAGCCGUGUAUUGUGUGUGUCUCCAUUGGGAACACUUCUUUUUAAACUUACAGCACUCUUUGGGAGUGGUGGGCAGACUUGUCCAGAGUGUGAGAGAGGAGAGGAGAACCCCAUGGUGCUGUGAUUUGACUAAACAAACAGCUUGGCUCAGAGCGUACCUCCUCCAGCGCACUCCCGGGACAGCAGAGAUUAACCUCAGACUCUGAACAUCUGAGGGAUCUAUACAUCUGAGGCAGCGGCCCCCGGAGAGACAACCAGCUGGAAGUCUCUCCUCUGAUUUCAUAAGGAGGAGACAGACUGCUGACCGGCAAUCUCCUCGGACAGAAGGGGAAGACUUGUCAGUGCUUCUAGGAUCACUCUGAAGCAGAACAAAGGGCAUUGAAGGCUUCCACCAUGAUGAGGGUGACGGCAUCCACGCUCCAUCUGACGGUCAUAGUUACAGCUCUUCUGUAUUUCUGCACUGAGCUCUGCUGUCUGGAGAUCACACCCGAUGUGAAAGAGCUGGUCCUGGCAGAGGGCUCCUCGCUCAUCCUCACCUGCUCCGGCUCAGAAGACACGUCGUGGGAGUUCAAGAGGGACGAUGUGCCCUACUUCCAAGUGGAAGUUCAACAUGGUGGUCCAAGCUACCAAAUUGUGCAAAGCAGCAUCACAUCCAGUGUUUUGACCUUGAGGAACGUGAGCUGGAAGCACACAGGGGUGUAUCAGUGCGUUGAUCAACACACUGGAGAAACUAAGGAGGUGGCUGUUUUUGUCCCAGACCCUGAUGUGUGGUUCGUGGUGAGCUCCCACGGCAUGGUAACAAAGACCAGCGAGGAGAGCACCGUCCCCUGUGUGGUCACCAACCCCAACAUCAAUGUCACCCUGUAUGAGAGCGACACUGAUCUGCCCAUCACGGGACUUUAUGUUCCAAGUGAGGGGUACAAGGCACGGCUGGAGGACAGGGCCUAUGUGUGCCGCGGAGAACUGAACAAUGAGGUGAAAGAGUCUCAGGCCUUCAACGUCUUCAGCAUUGUCGUCCCAGAGGUCAUUGACGCCUACAUCAAUGCGUCAAAGACCGUCCUGAAGCAGGGCGAACCGCUGACAGUAAACUGCACAGUGCACGGAGUUAUGCUUGUGUUUUUUUCGUGGGCUAUCCCCAAUAGAAAGGUUGUAGAGGUUGAGCCGCUAACAGACAUCCUGUCCACCAUGAACAUGCGCUCCUGCCUGAUCUUUCCUCAAACCACGGUGGCCCACAGCGGAAACUACGUCUGCCAUGUCCAUGAGCCUGUCCAAGACCAGGCUGCCACGGCCAGCAUCAACAUCACUGUGCUCGAGCAAGGCUUUGUGGAUGUGAAGGCUGCUCAGCAACAAAACAUUUCAGCCAAGCUGCAAGAGAACGUGGAGCUGAGAGUGGAGAUUGAAGCCUACCCCCCCCCUCAGGUCCGCUGGAGCAAAGAUGGCGCCGCCAUCAAAGGAGACAAAACCAUCACAACCAGACAAGAGCAUGAGAUCAGUUAUGUCACUACUCUCACCUUGGUGAGGGUGAGGACGGAGCAGAAGGGUCUCUACACUGUCCUUGUCACUAACGGAGAUGAUACAAAGGAAGUAACCUUUGACUUGGAAGUCCAAGUUCCUUCUCAGAUUAAAGACUUGACUGACCACCACCUCCCUGGGAAGAGACACUUGGUGACCUGUGUAGCUGAGGGGGUCCCAACCCCAUCCAUCCAGUGGUACAGCUGUGACAGCAUGCACAAGUGUAGCAACCAGACAGCGGCGUGGCAGCCGCUGAUACCAGAGCCAGAGGUGCUGAGCAUCCGCACCAAUGUCAGCUACAGCGAGACUCGUAAAACCAGCCAGGUGCUGAGCCAGGUGACCUUCCACAAGCCCCAGCAGGUCACAUUGCGCUGUGAGACCAGCAACCAAGCAGGACUCCUUGACAGAAGAGACGUCAAACUGGUGUCCAGCACCCUGUACUCCCAGGUGGCAGUAUUGGCUGCUGUUUUAGCCUUAGUGGUCAUCAUUAUCAUAUCUAUCAUCAUCCUCAUUGCUGUAUGGAGGAAGAAACCUCGAUAUGAGAUCAGAUGGAAGGUGAUAGAGUCUGUGAGCCAGGACGGUCACGAGUACAUCUAUGUAGACCCGAUCCACCUGCCCUAUGACCUGGCCUGGGAAAUGCAGCGAGACAACCUGGUGCUGGGUCGCACUCUUGGAUCAGGAGCCUUUGGCAGGGUGGUCGAGGCAACUGCCUAUGGUCUCACUCAUUCCCAGUCCAGCAUAAAAGUGGCUGUGAAAAUGCUGAAAUCUACAGCCAAGAGAAGUGAGACUCAGGCUCUGAUGUCCGAGUUGAAGAUCAUGAGUCACCUGGGUCCUCACCUCAACAUUGUUAACUUGCUUGGAGCUUGCACCAAAAAUGGCCCUUUGUACCUGGUGACAGAGUACUGUCGCUAUGGCGACCUGGUGGACUACCUGCACAGGAACAAGCACAACCUCCUGCAGUACUACGCUGAGAAGAACCAAGACGAUGGCUACCUCAUCUCAGGAGGAAGCACUCCGCUCAGCCAGAGGAAAGGUUAUGUGUCCUUUGGAAGUGAGAGUGAUGGAGGAUACAUGGACAUGAGUAAAGACGAGCCCACCAUCUACGUGCCUAUGCAGGAGCAGAUGGACAGCAUCAAGUAUGCAGACAUCCAACCCUCUCCAUACGAGUCUCCCUACCAGCAGGACAUCUAUCAGGAACAAGGUGGCGGCGGGUUGGACCUGGCCAUCAGUGACUCUUCUGUUCUCACCUAUGAUGAUCUGUUGGGCUUCAGCUACCAAGUGGCAAAGGGGAUGGAGUUCCUCGCCUCAAAGAAUUGCGUCCACCGGGACCUCGCUGCAAGGAAUGUGUUGAUCUGUGAGGGGAAGCUGGUGAAGAUCUGUGACUUUGGCCUGGCCAGAGACAUCAUGCAUGAUUCCAACUACAUCUCUAAAGGCAGCACUUUCCUGCCCCUGAAGUGGAUGGCACCAGAAAGUAUUUUCCAUAAUUUGUACACCACCCUGAGCGACGUGUGGUCAUACGGCAUUCUUCUUUGGGAGAUUUUUACUUUGGGAGGAACCCCCUACCCUGAUUUGCCCAUGAAUGAGUUGUUCUACAGCGCUUUGAAGAGAGGCUACCGAAUGGCCAAACCCGCCCACGCCUCUGAUGAAGUUUAUGACAUCAUGAAGAAGUGUUGGGAUGAGAGGUUUGAGAAAAGGCCUGAUUUCUCGUUUCUGGUCCACAGUGUGGGGAAUAUGUUGACAGACAGCUAUAAAAAGCAAUACAGCCAAGUCAACGACAACUUCCUGAAGAGUGACCACCCGGCAGUUGCCCGCACCAAACCCAGACUCUCCUCACCCUUUCCGAUCACUAACCCAGCAUUUGGCUCCCCAUCCCCCUUCUACAUGCCCCCGGACCCCUACAGCCAGAGCUCGAGCCCCGCGGAGUUCAGACAAGAGGCAGACACACAGGAAGUCAUAACUUCAUACAAUGAAUACAUCAUUCCCAUCCCAGACCCCAAGCCGGAGGACGUUUUCUCUCUUAUGCCAUCAGAAAGCCCUGCAAGCUCUCUGGCUCUGGAGGAGGAGACCGACUCCAUGUCGCAGGACACUGCUGACACCCUCCCAGAAGAGGACAGGCUAGAGGAGACCAGCGAGAGAGAUGCUCUGCUGGGCUCCGCCGGGAUGCCCGAGGUAGAAGACAGCUUCUUGUAGCCAUGUGUAGGAACCCUGAGAAAGCAUCACCAUACGGGGAAUUAUCUUUCUAAACCUGACAAAGGGAACGUGAUUAAACUAGAAUGUAGCAGAAUUGAGACUGAGAGGGCAAUCUCUGUAUUUCUACUAAGCACUCGAAAUGCUUUGCCUUUCUUUUAAGUUUUCUGUCAAACUUAGUACCUCUGAAACUAAAAUGGUUACAAAUGAUGUGUAUGAGGUUACCAUUGAGUCAUCUCUUGGAAGAUGGUCAUAAUAUAAAUACGGUACUCUCCUCAAACUCUUAGAGAAUCACCUUAUUUUAUUUUCUAUUGUAGCCAGAGACUCUUGUUAUUUUACCCCCCCUCCCCCUUUACCGUUCGCAUCCAGUGGAGAUGUUUUGCUUUUUAAAACUAUUGAAUUAGGUUUAAUAAGAGACAGUGAUAAACAUAACAAUAUAAACAAACCAUACACAAAUAUACACAAAAUACUCUCCAAACAAGAACAAUAUGUAACUCCCAUAUUAGUGGAAAUCCUUAGUAUGUCCUAAACAGCCAUGUGAAGUGAGUAAUUACAUGUAGGUUGCAUCUUUUUCUAAGUACAACCAACAGCUGUAUUCACUGUAUUAUAUUAUUUUAGUAAAUAUCAGUCAGAUUCUACAUGCACUGUUUCACUAUGACACAACACUUUCUUUUUUUACUCACAUAUACCAUAGUUUCAGACGUUUCCAUUUUUUUGUGAGAAUUAUAUGAAAUGUAGAUGUCAUUUGUGAACUUUGAAUUCUUGUUUUUUAUAGGUUUAAUUCAUAGUUCUGUGCCAGAUUUGCACUUUAUUUAGAAAAAUGUGGAUAUUCAUAAAGAAGAUAUAAAUAUACUCUAAAAUAAAGAUUGAAGUUGUACUGGGAAUAAUCUUUUGACUUAAACAUGUGGCUGUUACAGUAAAUGAGUUUCUGGGAUGAUAGGUGACUCUCUCAAGUGAAAAUACUAAAUACAGCGUAUCACUGCCUAGGGGUGCCUUUGUGUAGACCGACUGACAGAUUUUUGUGUUGCAGCUAUUGUUGCCUGCCGAUAUGAAGGGCUAAUGUACUCAAGAAACCUAGAUAAAGCCUUAUGUGUACAUGUACAAAUUAUGCUUUUAGUCUUCUGCUGCAUUGUAUUACGUUCACUCACACAAUGUUUCAACCGUCAAUACUACAGCAUCAACAAUUAGUCCACCAUUUAAAACAACACAUUUUCUGUACAAAUUUAAAGAUGCACAAUAUCACUGUAUCACAAGCUAUGGUACCAAAGCUCUUCUUAACGUUUACAAAUGUAUUUUUUAUAUGUGACAUUUUAUAUGUUGUAAAUGUGACAAUAAAUGUGUAUCAUUGUAGUAGCA